AUGAACCGCAAGCUGCCAAAAAGGAUUCGGCGACUUCUGGAAAAAAGAUCCCAACUCUUUUUCAAAAAGUUGACCACAGGGGACACAGAAGAUGAGCUGGCAUUUCGUAAAAUGCGGAAUCGUUGUAAUCAAUUAUUGCUCAGUAUGCGUGAACUCGUUUCCCAAGUAACUUUUAUACUCGAACCUGCUUCAUCUGCAACACUAGUGAGUCGCAUAAGCCUCACUGCACACUGUAAUUCUGCGUCUCCUGCUACCACUUGCCCGUAUUACAUUUUUACCCCACUACACGUAUGA